AUGAAACUGGAUGUUCCUCCUCCUUCAGACCCUCACCUCCAAAUUUCUCAGUCCUCAUCUCCUUCUAUUCCAAAUGCCUUUUUCAACUCCCCACCUCACUUUAACUAUGGAAUAUACUAUGGAGUUGAUCAAGGAGAUCAUACUGGUUUGUACUCUGCUUUGCCUAUGAUGCCAAUAAAGUCUGAUGGCUCUCUCUGCAUAAUGGAAGCUCUCAACAGGUCUCAUCAUCCUCAAGGAAUGGUAACUAGUAGCUCAAGUUCAACUCCAAAACUAGAGGACUUCUUUGGAGGUGCAACCAUGGGGACCCAUAACCACUAUGGCAACAAUGACAGGGAAGCUAUGGCUCUAAGCUUAGACAGCAUGUUUUACCAACAAAUCCCAACCCAUCAUCAUCACCAUGAGCCCAACAACAACAGCCAAAAUUUGCUUAACCAAGAUCAUGAGUCCCAACAGCAAGACUACUCAUCCUACUACUCUGGUCUAAAAACCCAUGAGAUGAUGUUUGAGGAUCAUCAGAAGGAGCAAGCGCAGAUUGAGCAUUUCAACAAUGUCCAAAACUCAAGUUUGGGGUCACUUAAUCACAACAUUUCUGAUAUGAAGAACUGGGUUUCCAGAAAUUUCUCAGCUAAUAAUAAUAAUGGGGUGUUGGAGCAGAACAUGAUUGGGUGCAUGGGUGACAAUGGUGCUGAAUCUGCAGGGUCUAUUGGGUCAAUGCCUUAUGGGGAUUUACAGUGUUUGAGCUUGUCAAUGAGCCCUGGCUCUCAAUCAAGCUGUGUUACCGGAACACAGCAAAUCUCACCCACUUUGACUACUAAUACUGAGUGUGUAGCCACCAUUGAUUCUUCCAAGAAAAGAGGGCCUGAGAAAGCGGAGCAAAAGCAAAUUGUUCAUAGGAAGUCUCUGGAUACAUUUGGGCAGAGAACCUCUCAGUAUAGAGGAGUCACAAGGCAUAGAUGGACUGGUAGAUAUGAAGCUCAUUUAUGGGACAACAGUUGCAAGAAAGAAGGUCAGAGCAGGAAAGGAAGACAAGUUUACCUGGGAGGUUAUGACAUGGAACAAAAAGCUGCAAAAGCUUAUGAUCUAGCAGCACUCAAGUAUUGGGGACCAUCUACUCACAUCAAUUUCCCAUUGGAGAAUUAUCAAAAAGAGCUCGAGGAGAUGAAUAACAUGAGUAGACAAGAAUAUGUUGCUCACUUAAGAAGGAAAAGCAGUGGAUUCUCAAGGGGGGCUUCCAUGUACAGAGGAGUGACAAGACAUCAUCAACAUGGAAGAUGGCAAGCUCGGAUUGGAAGGGUUGCUGGGAAUAAGGAUCUUUACCUUGGGACAUUCAGCACACAAGAGGAAGCUGCUGAGGCUUAUGACAUUGCCGCCAUAAAAUUUCGAGGACUGAAUGCUGUGACCAACUUUGACAUAACAAGGUACGAUGUUGAACGAAUCAUGGCAAGCAAUACCCUUCUUGCUGGAGAAAAUGCCAAGCGAAAUAAGGCGCUGCCUCGACCAGGUGAUGAGGCUACAAAGCAAAUCAGCAAUGGUGAACAAAGCAUUACUGUCGCAGUUAAGAACACCAAUGAAGUUGAGGAAUGGAAAAUGAUGCAGCUCUUUCAGUCCUCCGAGCAAGUACCCGAUCAUCAAAAUGUGAUUCAAGCAGAUCAUGGGGCAGAGGAGUCCCCAACAAUGGGGACUACUACUCACUUAUCCAAUGCUUCUUCAUUGGUGACAAGCUUGAACAGCUCCAGAGAAGGCAGCCCUGACAAGUCAAGCCAACCAAGUUUCUUUGGAAUGCCUCCAACUGCUACCAAGUUCUUCUCAAGUUCCGGUAUUAAUAAUAAUACGGUCAGUUCUUGGAUCCCAGCAGUCGAAUCCAGGCCAGACCUAUCCCUCUCCCACAUGCCAUUUUUCGCUGCCUGGACUGAUGCUUGAUCCGCUAGUAGGAGUUUCAGUAGUUCAUGUAGUUUUUAAUGAUGGUCUUGAUGACCUUUUUGUGAAACAAUAUUUGUGAAAGAAAACUUCACUAAUCAAUGUUUAAUUUUAACCUAUCCUAUCUAAUCAAAAUCUUGAAAGAAAUUUGAGGGAGU